AUGAUGCGAAGGGUACAUCAUAACAUAUUUAGCCAGACAGCGGCUGUGGAGCGACGCAAAGCUUUGGGCCUUCCUCCUGUUGAUGAGAUGCAGCGGUUUCGCCUGCUUGUGUGCUGCAUGUUUUGCAGCAUCUGCACGUCGCUCGUGUACGCAUUCGACCUUUUCACAACGGACUUUGCAAACCGCUUCCACCUAAGCGUCGGCGACCAGUCGACGAUCAGCACUGUAGGUCUCGUGUUCUGCUACUUCACGUUGCCGUACGGCUUCUUGUACGACUAUGCCGGCCCCUUCCCCUUGAUUGUGGUAUGUUUUUUUACCGGAGGGCUUGGUGCGCUUUUGCUUGCUCUGACGUUCGACGGUGUCAUUGAGGGGAAUGUGCUGAACUUGUCUAUUUUCUACGCUCUUCUGAACACUUGCAGCGGCCUCAUUGAUGUCGCGUAUAUUGUGACGCUGGCGGAGACGUUUCCUCGCAACCGUGGGCCCGUCAUUGCGCUUGCGAAAGUGAUGACCAGUCUUGGAAGCUCGGUGCUGUCCUCACUCAGCGUGAACAUCUUCAACGAGAAUAUUGCCGGCUUUAUUUACUUCAUUAUGGCGCUCGCAAUCGUCGUGUGUGCCGUGGCGUCCUUCAUGAUAGUGCUUCCGCCGUACUUCAUCAACGGCUGGCGGCGCCGUGGGAAGACGCCGGAGCAGAUUGCCGCUCUGGAGGCGCUGAAGCCUGCGUACUACCGCAAGUUCGUCCCCGUCCGCCGUCUCGGUGUAGGCUACGCUGUCGUGGGUGUACUGUUGGUGUUCUUCACCGUCGAGACGCCUGUGGUAAGCUACACGGAGGUGUCGCGUGGGUGGUCGAUUGCGCUUGGCGUAAUCACAAUUGCACUUGUGUUGUGCUUCUUCUUUAUGAUGCUGCCUCUCCGGUGGUUAGGGGGCGUGGACGACGACGACAGCGACAACAGCUUUGACCGUGAAUUCAUGGAGGGCACCGACAUGAGGCAGAUGGGCUGCAAGGGCUGCGAGGAUUUGGGCGCGAUGGGGUCUGUCAUGCCGGCAAGCGCCCCUGACAAUGAUCUGGUGGCCCUGGGUGACGAAGGUGCUUGGGAUGCGGACGCUGACAUAGAGUCCCUGCAGGACCCGCGCUAUGGCGGGAGCCUGUCGGACAACUUGAAGCGACCGGACAUAUACUUGCUCUUCGUUACAUUCGUGUGCCAAAGCGCACUUGGUGUUAUCGUCAUGUACAAUGCGAGCACCAUUUCUGUGGCGGUGGCUGGACACGAACGCAGUUUACAAACCUCGGCACUGUACACUGCCUUCCUUGGUGUUGGCAGCAGCCUAGGCCGGAUUGGUAUGGGAAUGUUCGAGGCCUUUGUGCAGCAGCAGGCCCCGGACAACCGCCGCUACUUGGUGACGCUUGCGUUACCCGUUUCACCAUUCCUUGCUUUUGUUGCAGGCAUCUUGCUGCUGACUCUCCCUGGUGAGAUCAUUUUACUCCCGUACAUCAUUGUGUACUUUGAAGAAGGUGUGUUUGCUGCCAUGUGUGCUCUGAUCUUCCCAUGCCUGUACGAGGGCAACCACGGCGUGUAUUACAACAUCGGCUUCUUGACGUCGGUGGUGUCUGUGAUUGGAUUCAACCGCUUCCUCUUUGGUUUCACGGUGGACGCGAAGCAUGACAGUCUGGGCUUUGGACCGGAUGAGGAGUGCACUGUGCCUGAGUGCGUGCGUCUUCCGAUCAUUGUCGCCACAUGCGUUGCUGCCGUGGCCACUGUCUUUUCUGUCAUUGUGCACAUCCGCUAUAGCAGGUUUGUUCGCAGAAUUCGCGAAGGUCGUGCUACAGGCAGUGGAUAG